AAGAGAAAACGAUUUUUACAAACAUUUCUAAAAAUGAAGUUGUUCAUUUUGGUGUGCAUUUCAAUUCUUGGAGUUGGAUGUGAUGUUCCUCGUAUUUCUGGUGGCGAAGCAGCAUUGGAUGGUGAGGCUCCGUUUCAGUGUUCAUUGCAGAAGUUUGGGUAUCAUAAGUGUGGAUGUGCAAUCAUAUCGAAUCAAUGGAUUUUGUCCGCAGCUCAUUGUUUCAAAUCAAUUGACAUGGAUGGGCUAACAAUAUUAGUUGGAACAAAUGACAUUAGUUGGGGUGGAGAUCGUUAUACGGUUCGAGAAAUCAUAUUGCAUGAACAUUGGGGUGAUCCGAUAUUUGACAGUGAUAUCGCAUUGAUUCGAGUGGAUAAAAUAAAGUUCAGUACAAAAAUUCAACCGAUUAAAUGCUCACCAAGGUAUGUGAAUGCAGGUGCAAAAGUUCAAGCAUUUGGAUGGGGACGGUUGAGUGCAAAUGGCAGAAAUUCACAAUUUUUGCAGACGAUUGAUCUGAAGGCUAUUUCGAACAAACAAUGUGAAGAGUAUUAUGGAAAUCAAGCUCAAAAUACCAAUUUAUGCACGUUUAACAAAAUCGGCGAAGGCGUUUGCUUUGGAGAUUCAGGUGGAUCUCUCAUUUUGGACAAUAAAUUGGUUGGUUUGGCAAAGUUUGGAUUAUGCGGCAAAGGAGAUGGCCCGGAUGGUUUCACCAGAAUUUCAUACUUUUAUCAAUGGAUCCAAUCAAAGAUUCAAGAGUAAUUUUUCAUAUAAACAAACAAUAUAUAACAAAAUAUUAGUCGUACUUUUUUUUUAUUAAAAACUUAGUGAUUUCUCAAUAAACUUAUACAAAAAUACUAUCU